CGGACGGGACAAGUGUGCAGGAGCAAGCAGAGUAACCCUCUAGACCUUUUUUAAAGGAAAGACAAGCCAACUGCUAGUCUACAUUUACUUAAUGAAGAAAAAAACCACCUGUCCAGACCCCGUGGACGAUAUGAUACCUGGCUGGCAUCGACUCCCCCAACCUGGGACGGUUGACCAUCGGGCCUUCCUGGACUCUGAGCAGCGGAGGAGAGAUCUGGAUGUCAGUCUGGCUCAGGUCCAAAAUGCCCUGCAGGAACAGAGGGUCAGAAUGCUCCAGAGAAUGGGCCCAGGGAGCCGACACAAACUACCCCAGAUACUUGUUUUGAAUCUUGGGCAGAUCAAUCGACCAGUAAACCUCCAUCCCAGUCUGUUAUCAGAGAACAUCUACAUCCCACCAUAUGGUGACCUUUUCACAAGAGUGGGCAGGCUAGAGAUGGACUCAGAGAUCAUUAGUGCCCAACUGGACCAGGUUCUCUGUUCUAGGGGAAAGUGUCUCUACAGGAAUGGACCCUCACCCCAACAACACAGCUUGACUCCUGAGAAAUUAUUCUGUACCAUUCACCCACAGUGUCAGAGGGAGGACCAUAGUAUGACCUCUCAGCUUAUUGCUCAAGCAGUAGACAAAGGACAACUUCUGAAAGAGCGAGACAACCUUGAGCGUCUGCUGCAGGAGUCCAGGGCCCAGCAGCAGCUGAUGGAGCAGAAGAGGGAGGCCCAGAUAGCAGCCCUUCACUCCCAGCUGUACCAGGCACGCUCCAGCCUCCAGGAGACUCACAGAGAGACACUGGCCACACAGGCAGAGCUACAUGGCAGCAAGCAGAUAAAUGAGUCCCUGCUACAGGAGGUGGCGUCUCUCAAACGGAGGCCCGGGGCUGCGGAGGAGCGGGCCUCCCUGAUGGAGAGUGACGGACGCCUGCUCAGGGCUCGCAUAGCAGCACUGGAGACUGAGCGGGAGGAGCUGCUUCAACAAGGAGACCUUGCCACAGGGAGACGGCACCCCUCAGCCUUUGGGAGCGCUUGGGAAACGGCUGUGGAAGAUUCCGAAAAGUCGGAGGGGUUGAGGGAGGAGAGUGCCGCGUAUGAGAUGGAGGAAGAUGAGGAGGAGAGGGUACAAGGGAAGGAUGUGUCUGUGGACUUAAGACUUAAGAACCGUGAGGUGCCGCUCUCUAAGCCUGGCCUACAGAUAAAGGAAGAGAACCAGAACGGAGAGAAGGGGCUGGGAUUGGUCGAUCGCUGGAAUCCAUGGCAGCACGAGCCAAUAGAAGCCAAUCAAAUGACGGCGCUGGUCAUAGAGCUGCAGCAGCUGAGAACGGCCUGUGAAGAGACAUCAUCAACACUACCGGUCUCCCCCAAGGACCAGAGGGCCAGAGAGUGGCUGUAAAAGAGCUGCUCUGCUCAAGGACUGUGUGGGAGAGAUGGAGAAGGAUAGGGAGGGGCUGGCUUUCCUGGACAGAGACUGUGGAGUUCUUCGGGGUGGUACCUCCAGGGUCAUUGGCCAGAAGUAACCCACUAUACAUUCACAUUGAUCCUUGACUAUGUAGGCCCACAUUUCCAUAUUCUCCACAAUCCUCGACACUUUCUUUUACAAAAACACGUCUGUUUGCGUAUAAAUGAUGUCUGAAUCAAGACCGCGGGAAGCGAUCCGCUGAGGCCCUGCGUAUUAAAUUGUGUUCUCAAGAACUCCUUUUUUAAUGUUUACCUGACAUCACCCGCAUUGUGGACUGUGUACAGCAUUUGGUUUGGCAGUUUAAAAAUAAAUAUUGGACUGGCUCAAAUACAACUCCACUAUCCCUAGGCCUUUACGGGUAUACCAGUUGGACAGAAAAAUACCCCUCAAGGAUCUCACCGCCUCGUAUCUUUGUGUUAUGCAUGUACACAAGCUUAGUUGGAGAAAGGCAGGUAUUUUUCAGGCUCCAUUGUAUAGGCUAACCUGUCAAAACAUAUUCCAAAGAUUACACAAUUUACAGUUGGCCUGCAUGCACAUUUUGUCUAAACAGUGAACAAAUAUUUACUGUGGCUGGGUGUGUGGAGGAAUUAGUCACUUCCUUGAAUGGGUCUUGCUCAAUGUUAGACCGAAUGGUCAUUGCAUACUGUGUGGUUUGCUCUUGUGACCGGUUUGAUACCCCUCCCUCACAGUACAGGACGUGAUUUCCUGCAUACAUUCAUCAUCCGAGUCUGACUUGCCAGUACAUGACAGCUAGCAAAUGUAAAUGAUGGCGGUGUGCCCUUUUGUGGACAUGUUUUUAUUAAUGUUUUCUUUUUUCUUAAUGCGAAUUCUUAAUCAAUACAGUUAGAUGACUUAUUUCACAUAAAAUAAGAAUAGAGUAGAUGUCAUCAACCAAGGACGUUAUCUUUACUCGUGGGUACAAAAUAUGUCAAAAAUGAUCAGCAUAGGUGUUGACUGCUGUGAUUGUUCACACUGGGGUCAAAAUCCCCUUCAACUGCUAAGAUCAAAGGACUUUGACCCACACGCGCCAGUUCAUCCCCACCACCAUCUCAAAGGAUAAUUCCCCCCCCCCCCCAGGUCCUUGGCUAUCUCACUCUGGGGCGCCUGAAUGGAGAGAGGACUGUUUACUAGUUAGAACCAGGGGUCGCGUUGAGCGGAGCAACAUUACAGAAGGUUCAGAUAGAAUUAGAGGUCAUAUGCUGAAUGUGUGUGUAACUGUAAUGCGGUUUUCAACAAGUGCACUUUCCAGAUCACCAUAGACUAGUCUUGUUAUUAUGACCUACCUGUGUACAAGUCCCAGGGACACCUUCAAAAGAAUCCCCCAUCGGCUCGUCCACAGCUGUCUAGACUCUCUGGCUCCAUGUCUUUGGUGGCAAUAAUAAACUGAGAUCACACCAGGUCCCCGACCUGUAAUGGUGCCACGGACACCAAAUUGAGGAAGACUAGUGACAUCAAACUUUUAAAUUGAAUGACCUGUUUUUCAAGGUAAAAGGUCAUGCCACCUGGACGUAUAAAGAGGCGUUUGUGACAAUACUGACCUGCACAUUAGGUCUAUUCCUCUUGGUAGGCCAAGUA